GCUGCAUAGUAAUUAGUAACAAACAAUAAAGCCAGGGACUUGGAACGUCAAAGUGAAAAUAAAAAGAAAAAAAAGCUAUGAAGCAGGAGCUUAAUAUAGAGGAUGUGCCCACGAUUCGCAUUCUGAUGCUGGGCGAUAAAGGUGUAGGCAAGACUAGUCUGACCAAUUUGCUGGCCAGGAGCGAGGACACGCCCACUCCCGCCUCCCGAACAGUGAGCGCUAAGUCCUUCACUGUCCAGGUGCGCCUCCACGAGUAUCCCACUUCGCAUGCACCCAAUGGGCAAACAUCCUUCCGCUCGAAGCACCCGGGCAAGUACUCCCAUUCGCAAAGUGCACCGGUUACCGAGGAAGAACUGUACUUUGUGGAGUUCUACGAUAUCCACAGCGGUGUGCGCAUGCGGAGCGACUAUCGCGAUAGUCUCUACAAGAGCAUCGAUGGCAUUGUCCUGGUCUACAACCUGCAGGACAUGCGCACCCAUGACAACUUGCACGACUCGCUGUACGAUCCGCUGAGUCAGAUUUGCCAUCAUCGCCAUCGGCGCACUCGAGACAUUUUGAAGCGCGAACAUGUUCCGAUUUUGGUGGUGGGCACCAGAUUGGAUCAGCUGACCCGACGCACGUUGCGGCGAAACGGAAACAUUGCCAAUCAAGUGAAGGCCGAGGAGAUACUGCUGAACUGCCAAGAUCCGGACUCCUUUGCGGACAAUGGCCGCAAUCAGGGAAAGCUGCGCACUUUCCUCAAUCGCGCCGUCGAGUUUAGGAAACGAUUUCCACUUUCGCGUUCCGAAAAGAACUCAAAAGAUCGCUAUUGAAAAGAUCUCAUCUUGCACUUUCUAGUCGAUUGUUGAUUUUUUCAUUAAAUGCAUGGAAAUGAU